AAUGUGGCAUUACUGUGUGAAGAACUGUGCCACGUAGUCUAGGAUCUACCUGUCACGUCUAGGGCAUGGGGCAAUAGAGUAGGCGCAGUUCGGCCCUUUUGCGCUGGGCGCUGUUUGCUUCAAGGAUAUAAAAUUUUUCAUCCGACGACAGAAUGACCCAUUAAGUUAAGAGACCUAUUCAUUUAAGCGUCGGAAAGUGAACAGUGGAAUAUCUCAUUUCUUUCUAUGUUUUAAUCAGGACAUUGUAAAAUGAAUCAAAGGUCAAUUACAAGAGAGAGAGAACACCUUGAAUAAUAUUGGAAUCCACCUGGCCUGCAAUGGUGAUGUAACCAUCUUCACUAUCAAAGAGUAGAUCUACCUGGAAACAUCUAUUCCUUAAUCAUCUGUUCGUUAAAUAUCGCAGUGUCUCGUAGAUAUGGCCAGCGCUGAUUCUUCCAACACUGGACUACGAGAGCCAGUUUUUCUAGGCGACUAUAGUUUUAACACAGGGAAACUAAAACAGUUCUCCUGGCUGGAUUACGUCAUCUUUGCAGGCAUCCUUCUGGUGUCAGCGGGAAUAGGUUUGUACCAUGCCAUCAAAGAUCGCAAAAACAAGUCACUGGACAAUUUUUUGCUGGCAGGCAGAAACAUGAACCCGUUUCCGGUUGCGUUGUCCCUGCUGGCUAGUUUUAUGUCCGCCAUCACGUUGCUGGGGACGCCGGCGGAGAUGUACAACUAUUCAACGAUGUACUUGUGGAUAGGUGUUGGCUACUUUUUUGUCAUCGCCGGAGCUGCACACAUCUACAUUCCGAUAUUCUACAACCUAGGCGUCACCAGCGCAUACGAAUAUCUGGAAAAACGAUUUUCAAGAGGUGUUCGCACUGCUGCCUCAAUGACAUUUGUCUUGCAAAUGACUCUGUACAUGGCGAUUGUGUUGUAUGCACCUAGCUUGGCAUUGAACGCAGUGACUGGCUUCACGUUGUGGGGUUCUGUUAUCUCUGUUGGCAUUGUGUGUACACUCUACACAGCUUUUGGCGGGAUGAAAGCCGUGUUGUGGACAGACAGUUUCCAGGUCAUCAUGAUGGUGGCCAGCCUCUUGGCCAUCCUAAUUAAAGGUGACCUCGUAGUGGGCGGUAUAGGCCAGGCUUGGGACUCAUUAGAAAGAACCAAAAGACUGGAUUUUACCGAUUUCCGUGUUGACCCUUCAGUCAGACACAGUGUUUGGGCUCUGACAGUGGGCGGUUACUUCACUUGGGUAUCCAUCUUCGGUGUGAACCAGGCACAGGUACAGAGGGCCGUCACGUGCCCAACAUUGAAGAAGGCUCAGUAUGCCAUCUGGUUGAACUUUCCUGGACUUUGUAUCAUCUUGUAUCUCUGCUGUUUUAUUGGCAUCUAUAUGGCGGCAUUUUAUGAAAACUGUGAUCCGGUCAAACCUGGUUUGGUCACAGAUACCAAUCAGAUAAUCCCAAUGUUUGUGAUGGAUGUACUUGGUGACAUCAUUGGACUUCCUGGUCUGUUUGUUGCUGGUCUUUUUAGUGGCGCUCUCAGCACUAUCUCCUCAGGACUAAACUCUAUAUCUGCCUGUGUUCUUGAAGAUAUAGUCAGGACUUACUGUAGCAAUAAUCUCAGAGAAUCAAGGGCGAGGAUUCUCUCUCAAGUUUUUGCUUUAAUAUUUGGUUUGAUUUGUCUCGGCCUGACAUUUGUGGCUGCCCAACUCGGCAGUAUCUUACAGGCUGCGCUGUCUCUAUUUGGAAUGAUUGGUGGACCACUGCUAGGACUCUUUUCGUUGGGAAUGUUUUUUCCUUGGGCCAACAAAUGGGGCGCUUAUGCAGGAUUGUUUGGCAGUCUGAUUCUCAUGUUCUGGAUUGGCGUCGGGGCCAGUGUAGUGAAACCACCAAACGAACAAGCUCUUCGCUUCACUAACAACUGCAACUUGAGCGCCUUCAGUCUGGAUGCUUUAAUGUCUAUGAAUAAAACAACGACGACAGUUGUGGACGACACAGUUCCGGCCUAUGGUCUGUACACGCUGUCCUAUAUGUGGUAUAGUUUAACAGCGGUAUUAGCCUGUAUAGUCAUUGGCUUAGUAGUCAGUUUCAUAACAGGUGCAGUGAAAGCCAAAGAAAUCGACCCAAAAUUGAUGUGUCCCUUAUUUGACGUCAUAUUUCCUUUUUCAUUUCUGCCUGAAAGUAUCAGGAAGCCCCUGCGGUUAGGAGUUCAAUAUAAAUCGCAGACGGAGAAAAGUGAAACUCUUCCAAAUGGACACAACAUGAAGGAGAACGAAAAAGUCCAAACAAUAUCAAAUGGUCACAGCCUGACAGACAAGCCCCAAGACCUUGACAUCAAAAUAAUCGUGACCAAAUCAAGUGAGGAGCGCCUGGACAAUAUAGCGAAUGGCAAGCCAACAGGCCACUCCGACAUCGGCCAUGCUUGCUACACCAACAUCCUGGCCACCAGCAUUAGCAGCGAAAGUGUUCAGAAAUACGACACUCCUUUCUAAUGGUAGCGAGAACCUUCAGGACACCCUCUCUAGGGCAGUCUCGUCAACUCUGAAAAUAAACUGGAGGUGAAGAGUAAAAUAAUGAGAGGCUUCACUAAGAACCUGUGGCGUCGCUAGUGGAGAGGGGAGGGGCUUAUGGGGGGAGGUACGGACGAACUGUACCAUGUGACACUCAACAGGGCCAGACACAAAAAGUAAAUCUUUAAAAAAAUUAUUAUUUUUAAUUGUAUGUUAUUUAUUUAUUUUUAUCUUGAUCAAAGAAGAUAAUAUUUUAAAAGAAAAAAAAGUAAUGGUUUAUAUUUGGAAAAAAAAAUAUUUUGGUAAAAUAUUACUGCGGCGGGGUAACACAUUUUUAAGUAACAACACUGGAUUUCACCAGUCCUAGUGACGCCUCUGUAAAGGACAUCCUGAUACAAUCGAACUAGUUUAAUUGCAUAGCUAGCGUGCAAGGAGCUGCUGAAGGAGUCCAAGUGAAAGAAUAUAAUAUGCAUUUGUAUUGUUUAAAAUUGUAAACAAUUAUCCGAACAUUGCCAUUAUGUGAUAUGCUUUUAAUCGGGUUCCACUGUACUUCAUCCAAUUGAAACUACAAACAUUAUGAUCGAUCACAAUCAAUUGUCCUACAAGCAGCGAGUCUGUGUACUUAUGUAGGCCAUAGUCACAUACUCUGCUUGGUGAGAAUAAUUUAUUCGGCACAAAAAAUAUAUAGUUUCUAUUGUUCAGAGGCGGCCUUGGCAGUAGGCAAGGCAUUGGGCAAGUGUCAUAAUAGGGGCCUUAUAUUAACUGAAAGCUUAAUACCUUACUAAUAGCCUUCGCUCUAUUUAACAUAGGUGCUGGAAAGGCUUCAACAGCAAAUGUUUCCCCAAUAGAUUCACCACGCUGUAUGUAGAAUUCCAGAGCGUACUGGUAUAUGAUGGCCUGAUGGGGACAUAUGGAUCUCCAAUACACAGCCUUUGCUCAGACGCGGGACUUUAAAGGUCCCGUAAACUUGUUCGCCACCACCAAAGGCCACCUCUGUAGUUUUCUUUGGUAUUAUUGAUAUUUCAAAAUGGUAGAAUAUUUUAUUUUCAUUGUAUAUAUAAUUUUAUAUUAUGUUAAGUAGUGCUUUACUUAUGUAAUAUUUCUGUAAUACUGCCUUUGUAAAUAUUUGUCCCUUGUGUUCUUGAUUACCCGGUAUUGUAUUUAAUAAAGUUAUUUACGGUGCAUCAUUAAUGUUUUGUACAGCGAAUAUUUAUCCCCUUUCUAAUACUAGACCCAGAUUACAAUCUAAAUUAGUCGUACAUUAAUUAACCCAACUUCUCGUACCUAACCUAGAUUUCAUAAAUAACAGUAGACUUAGUACUUGAGUUCAAAUACAAUGAAGACCCGCGGCCCACUUCUAACAUCAACGCGAGAUUUGAACCAUUACUUACUGUACUUUGUGAAAUAUUUUUAUUAAACUUUGACAAGACCA